AUGCUUAUUACUACUGCUAGUGUGAGCCUUGUUUUUCUGUCUUUUGUUUCUACAGUUGCUGGGAACUGUUUGUUUGGUGGCUGUGGAGCUGGUCUCUGCUGCUCGGCGUACGGAUAUUGUGGAGUAGGUGCUGCAUAUUGUGGUGCAGCUGUUGGUCCAGGUGCUGUUGGUUGCCUAAACGGUGGUUGUCCAGCGGGACAAUGCUGUUCACGAUACGGCUAUUGUGGCACUACUGCUGAACACUGUGGUUGGAAUGGUGGCAACGGUGGCAACGGUGGCAUCAAUGGAGGAAAUGGAGGAAAUGGUAACUGUCGUGCCACUGGUUGCGCUGCAGGAGCAUGUUGUUCAGCACAUGGAUUUUGUGGAAACACUGCUGCACACUGUGGAGGAGUUACCUAUGGUAACUGUGGUGUCACAGCUUGUGGUAAUGGUCUAUGUUGCUCACGAUUUGGAUAUUGUGAUGCCAUUAGUGUUAACUGUGCUUUCGCUAAAUUCUUACCCGGUAAACCGGCAGCUGUUCUCGAAGGUGAAUUUGAAGGAGAAGCAACAUACUACAACGCGACCAUGGCAGGUUCGGAAUAUAGUACCUGUGGUAUAAGUCGAGCUCGUUCAUUGGAUGAUGGUGACGAGAAAAUCUACACAGCUGCUCUCAAUGAAGCACAAUUUGAUCCAUAUACUGUCGGCGGUAUUCCAAGUACUAAUCCAAUCUGUGAGAAGAAAGCACUUGUAAAGGGAGCCAACGGCGAAAUAGUCGUUCGAUUUGUUGAUCGAUGCCAAAAUUGUGAGCAAGGUAAUAUCGCCCUGACACAUGAUGCUUUUAUUGCUGUAGCUGGGGAACUGGGCAAUGGUCAUGCUAACAUUGCAUGGCAUUUUCUUUAA